AUGGCUGCUGACUCCGAGGUACAUGGAGGUUAUAUUGACGCUGUGGAGCUACUUCUUUUUACUGGUGCCCUUAUCACUGAGGUUGCCUUUAUCGGUGCCUUGCAUAGAGACGAUAAUAUCACAUUCCAGGCUUUGCUUGACCACGGCUGGGAUAUAAACUCGAUGGAAUUUGGCCAGCCUGCUUUAUGCUGCUUUUACUCCGAUAUUGCCGUUCUUGAGGCACUGAUAUCUGGGGGAGCGGAUCUUGAUCCAGAGGUAUUGAUCAGUGCUAUGAGUCCGCGAGGUCAUGGGGGACUUCCAGUUAUGAAGUUCUUGAUUAAUCGUGGUAUCGAUAUCAAUGCUUUCCGCCGGGAAGGGGAAACACCUCGACACUACGCUGUUAGGAUGGGAACGGUGGAUGGCACAACCAAAAAUGUGAGGGGCUUGACCCCAGCUGGGGUGGCCAAGGAGAAGGGACGUGUGGAUCUCUACGAAAUUCUUUCUCGACAGGACCCAAAAGGGCUGUGGCGAUAG